UAAAGUCUUAUUGUGUUAUAGAUUUUGCAUUAUUUUUUAUUAUUAUUUUUCAGUUUUUAUCUUGGCUUCACUGAAUCCUGCAAAGUGUCCUCCUUUCUGGCAUUACAGGAAUGGCCACCCUACCUGGAAUGUAGGGGGUUCUUUAAAACAAGGCCUUUUGUUAGUUAAGCACCCCAAACACCAUCUCCUUAUCCAUGGGGCUCAGGAACUCCUCAGUAGUGGCCAUUUAGUUACACAUCUUCUGCAGCAAAGAUCCUCCAUAAUGCAUAAUGGAAUUUGUGCUCUGCAUUUAACCGGGUUCUGAGAGAGGACAGAGAGGAAGCCUGUUACAGCCUGUUAAUCUUGUUCUAUGCAACGUGGUGAAAACUAGCUACCUGUGGUACAAUCUGCAUCUGCACAUGGUGCUUGUGUGGAGGAUCACGUUAGUAUACGAGGACUUUUAUUUUGAAAUUGUGCUUGGAAGUACCGGAAAAGGAGAGAGGAGAAAGAAGAUGGUGUGGGAGCAUACGGUGAGAGCGGAGAGUUCAAAAAAGAGAGGAGCCCUGUUUCCCGUGUUUUUCUGUGGACAGGGCUGACAAUUGUCGAUGGUAUGGAGGAAUUUCCUGUUAUCUAUAUCAAUAUCAUUUGUUAAUCAGUAUUAUAUCAAUCAGUAUCUCAACGGUAUUGAAAAGUGACCUUAAAUCACCUCAUGUAUUAACUUUUAGAGCUUCAUUUAUAUACUACACUGUACCAUUUCUAGUACAUUUAGAAGGGUGACGCUAGGCCUGUGAUCCUGCAGGGAUGUUUCUGUGAGAACGGACUGGUGUGACCUUGAAGAUGGAGUUUUUUAAGGUGAAGGCUAAUGUUGUUUUUGAAACAUAAACUGGCUGAACUCUCGCCAUUAAAACUAAGAUAAGGGGACAGUGAAAUAAUUGUGACGAGAGGCAGAUGUGUGAUUAAAAGAAAAAAGAGAAAACUCCAUCCAAUGAGAUUAUUGUUUUAGAAUUGUAUAAAAGCAUGGGCCACGAUUAUGUAAAUCAGAUGCUCUGCAGACCAUCUCGGCUUUGUUGUUUGAUUCAAUAAAGUCUAUAGAUUUUUGGCAUCCAGAACCCCUUGUCUUCAUAACUCAUAUUUCUUAUUCUGAUUUGCAGAAGUAUUUGCCACGACAAUGGGCGCUGUAGAGAAGCUGGACCGAGCUUGUGCUGUCCAGAAUUUUCGCUAUCGGUAUGACUGGGACAGUGAAAGUUAACCAGUGUGUUCCGUGGAAGAUGACAGAAAGUGCUGUGAUAAUUCCGAACAACUGUGUUUCGGCUGAAGAUGGUGAAAAGCACUGUGGUGACUCUGAGUAUGUGCCACUGCUCAUGGGUUGGCCUUCACUGCCAGGCCUGCCAGGCAGAUCUGCCCCAGGAAGUAGUGCUGGACUGGUUAAAGAGACGCAUUCUGGAGGGACUACGGCUUGACAAGCCCCCUGUGCUGACUCUACAGAGUCCAUCUGGUCAGAGGGUGCACGUGGCAGCCCAGCAUGGAGCUCGGCGAGUACGCAGGGAGGCUCGGCUGGAGAGGAGGCAGCAUCAGGAGAUUUCCCAAGUCAUUCUGUUCCCCAGCUCUGAUAGCACCUGCCUGGACACAGACUCAGUCUCUUCUGAGGACUCACCCAGUCACUUUACCUACUACUUCCAGCCAUCUCUGGACAGUCAGGAGUCCAUUAUCACCUCAGUGGACUUCUGGUUCUAUGCCGGUGAGGCCAUUGCAGUGAAUACCACCUCUGUGCCACUUUACAUUCUCACAACGCACCAGGAGCUAAUGCAGUUAGCUCAAAGGCCAUCUAAAUGUAGCCCAGAUGGCUGGAGCACCUAUAGGCUUGAGCGCCACUUCCACAGUGCCAUAGCUAAUGGGCCAUUCUUGCUUCAGGUGCGAUGCCUAGUAUGCAGCUGCUACGCCUCAGAGGAGGACAAAACUCCUUUCCUGCAUGUCCAUGUUAGGCCACAUGGGCCUGAGCGUGCCCGUAGAGCACCCAGCAUCGCGUGGUCACCAGCUGUCAUUGAGAAACUCCAGAGGCCUUCAUCUGAAAAAGAUGACACUUAUUGCAGGAGGGAGCAGAUUGAGAUCUCUUUUGAGGAGCUGGGCUGGGACAACUGGAUCGUCCACCCAAAGACUUUCAGCUUUUACUACUGCCACGGGAACUGCUCAAGCCCUGAUUUCACAGCCACACUACUGGGUUUGCGGCAGUGCUGUGCACCUGUGCCUGAGAGCAUGAGGUCACUACGCUUCACCACCACCUCAGAUGGAGGAUUCUCAUUCAAAUAUGAGACACUGCCCAAUAUCAUACCUGAGGAGUGCAACUGCAUUUGAUGCAUUUGUUCAGGUUCAUGCAGUUGAACUUUUAAAAAGCUAGUAAUACAGAUGCACUUGUAAGAUAAAGUUUGAUGCAUUUGGGCCUCCAGAUACUACUCAAAUCUGUUGUUUAUAGACCUGCUUUCAGAAAGAGUUUUUGAUAAUCCUGUAACUUGGUUGCAAAACACUGAUUUAAUUCAGUAAACUACACCUGUGAGAAAAAGGA